AUGGUUCCAAAACCGAAGUUCAAACCAGGCGACACGGUGGAAGUCAGCAUCGACCGUGGCGGCGGCGUCUACGGCUCAUGGUUCACCGCUACCAUCAUAAGGUGGAUCUCCUCGGACAAAAUUUUGAUCCAAUACCGUUACCUCUACGUAGCAGAGACAGUUGUCCGUCUUCACCAGAUUCGACCAGUGCCGACGCCGGAUACCAUCUGGGAAUUGAAAUCCGGCGACAAAGUGGAGGCGUUCCGUAAAUUGCGGGGGUGGGAGGGCCAUGUCGUCAAAGAUUUAGAGAAUGGAAAGUUCAGUGUACGUUUUACAGACUCAGAGAAGUUUCAAUGUCCAAAAUACCUUCUUAGGGUUCCUCGCCAGUGGAUCAAUCAGACUUGGGUUCCCCCAAUCACCCUCGAAUCAAUCCAAAACUAUAAGAAACUAAAGAUGGCAAUGAAAAGAGAUAUUAUCAGUGAAUUGCCCGACACCAUGUUGCUCCACAUAAUGAGCUUUCUGGAAACACGAGACGCAUGCAUCUUGUCGAAACGAUGGAAGGAUCUUUGUAAACGUCUCACUACUCUCAUAUAUACUCUACCGAGACUCCGACCCGAGAACCGAGUCAAAAAUUUCAAGAGAUUUAAGUGUUGGGUUAUCUCUACUAGAGAUCAAUCAUGUCCCCUACUUAAUCUUACUAUUGAAACUUGUUUUCAAGAAAAUGAGAAACACCUUUAUAAACUUGUAAAACAUGCUCUUUCUAACAAUCUUCAACACUUGAAAAUUACUAUGCAUCCAACUUUUAAAUGCAAAUCUAAGUUUUCCCCUUUAAUAUUAGCCUCUCACUCUCUCACCUUUCUCCACCUUUCUGGUAGCGAGGGUGGAGAGAAAAUAAACUGUCCGAAAUCUCUUCGCUUACCUGCAUUAAGAACCUUGCAUCUCGAAUGUGUCAGCUUUGUUGCAACUGAUAAUCACUAUGCUGACCCCUUUUCAAACUGCACUUUGUUAGAUGUUUUGGUGCUCAGGAAUUGUUGUUUGAAUGAGGAUGCACAAGUCUUUUGCAUAUCGAAUCAUACACUUUCCAGUUUAACUGUGUUUUGCGUAGAAACUCACCAAUUAUGUCUUUCUACUCCAAAUCUUAGUUCCUUCACUAUCUUAGACCAUUCUGUUUUCUAUCAACGUUUGUCAUCAACGUGCGAUCUUUCUCUUCUUCAUCAAGUUAAUAUCAAUAGCCUUGGAUGCAGAGGCAAAUUAACAAACUUGUUAACAUGGCUGCAAGUGCUCGCCACCAACGUAAAGAUUUUGACAUUCAAUGAUGCUGCUGUUUGUACAAUACUAUAUGACCUCGAAUAUCCCACUUCAAAGAAAGCUCAGCCUCCAUGCUUUGAAAGAUUGGAGUCGUUGACAGUGUUUUUGAACUACAAGUAUCAAUUUCAUGACGAUGAAAUAUUCAUGUUAGCAGAUCAUUUGUUUCAAAAUACUACUCCCAUCCCUAAAGUUUAUAUUAGAAUUAGUAGAUAA